AUGAAGAGCUCUUGCGUGUGCCUCCUAGUCCUCCUAUACUGUUCAUGGCCGUCCUCCCUCGGCCAAACUCUUGUCCCACCCCCGAACCCGGCUUCUCCUCGUCCCCUCGUCCGAGCAGCGAACCUCGGCGGCUGGCUCGUCACGGAGGGCUGGAUCCUGCCCUCCCUCUUCGAUGGCAUCCCCAAUAAAGAUCUCUUGGAUGGCACGCAACUACAGUUCAAGUCCGUUACCCAGAACGCCUACGUGGCUGCAGAGAAUGGUGGCGGUGGGGUGCUGAGAGCAAACCGCACUUCAGCCUCCGGCUGGGAAACCUUCAAUCUCUGGCGGAUCGACCAGAACACCUUCAACCUCAAGGUAUUCAACGGCAAGUUCGUCAGUGCCCCUGGGAGCAAUGUGGCAGCGACAGCCGCCAUGCCGGGGCAGUCGGAGAGGUUCCAGUUAGUGCGCAACGACGCUGACAAGAAUAGGAUGAGGAUCAAAGCACCAAAUGGGUCCUUUUUGCAGGCAAACACUGAUGGUUCGGUGACGGCAAACUUCGGUGAGAGCACAACCUGGGGCAACGACGACCCGUCGGUGUUUGCAGUGACCAUUGUCAAGGGGCUGCAAGGGGAGUACCAGAUCUGCAAUGGCUACGGCAAAGAGAAGGCUACCCAGGUCAUGAAUGACCACUGGAGCACAUACAUCGUGGAAGACGACUUCGCCUUCAUGGCAGCAAACGGGCUGAAUGCAGUAAGGAUCCCAGUAGGAUGGUGGAUUGCCAGCGACCCCAACCCUCCAGCUCCAUUCGUUGGAGGCUCUCUACAAGCCCUGGACAACGCCUUCACAUGGGCAGAGAGGCACAAUAUUCGCGUGAUUGUGGACUUGCAUGCAGCUCCUGGGUCACAGAACCCCAAUGAGCACAGCGGUACAAGAGACGGCUCGCAGACCUGGGGCGACUCCAACAUCGCCCAAACCGUGCAAGUCAUUGAUUUCCUCGCAACUAGGUAUGCUAGGAGAUCAAGCCUCCUGGCGGUGGAGUUGAUGAAUGAGCCGCUAGCUCCCGGUGUGUCACUGGAUAGCCUAAGAAGAUACUACCAGCAGGGUUACGACACCGUCAGGAAGCACACGACUACGGCGUAUGUGAUCAUGUCCAACCGCCUUGCAGCGGACUCGACCGAGCUCGUCAACUUUGCCUCACAGUUCGGCAGGGCGGUCCUUGACGUGCAUUACUACACGUUGUUCGAUAGCAAGUUUGAUUCUUUCACAGUGCAGCAGAACAUUGACUACGUCAACAACAACGUCGCCAAUGAUCUCAGUGCUAUGACCAGGCGGGAUGGCCCUCUCACCUUUGUUGGUGAAUGGGUGGCCGAGUGGCAGGUAAACGGUGCAACGCAAGCUGACUACCAGAGAUUUGCAAAUGCACAGAUGGCUGUGUAUCGGCAAGCCACAUUUGGAUGGGCUUAUUGGACCUACAAGAAUGUUAACAACCACUGGAGUAUGCAGUGGAUGAUCAACAAUGGAUACAUUUCCUUACAAAAUGCUUGAGGGCAAUAAAUUUGCAAUAGUGUGUGAACAAUCGGGCAAGUACUUGGAAAAACCGUAUGAGAGAAUUGAUGAACAUUUGA